GUAGCAGCAGACUCUGCAUCAACAAGCCUCAACAUACACAGAAGAAAAGCAACAUUUUCAAAUGCAACACGGAGGACACCAACCCGUCACACUGGAACAGGUGGAAACUUUCACAGACCUGGUCAGCAUCAUCGGUGAACAAGGAGGAUCGGAUGCAGGCGUAAAGAAAAGGACUGUCAAAGUAAGAGUAGCAUUCCUACAGUUGAAGAAUAUAUGGAACUCAAAACCAUUGUCUGCAAGUCAACAUAAAAGUGAGAAUCUUCAAUACGGACGUCAAGACAGUCUUACUGUGCGUAGCGGAAACGUAGACAACCACUACAACCAUCAUCGAAACAGUACAAGUAUUUAUAAACGAUUGUCUACAUAGGAUACCCAGUGUCCGUUGUCCGGAUACCAUCAGCAAUAAAUUACUGUGGGAGAGAACAAUUUAGCCUCCGUUUGAAGAGGAAGUGGGUUGGACAUACAUCAUCGAAAUCGCCAAGCUGCAUCACGAGGAAAGCGCUAACCUGGAAUCCUGAAGAGUAACGGAAAAGAGGUAGAUCGAAGUACUCAUUGCGUCGGGAAUUGGAGGCAGA